AUGAGUUCCGACGAUGAUUUCGAGAUUGAAGUUUCCGAACUGGCAGCAGACGAUCCUAUGAGAUCUUUCUUGCCCACAUCCUUUGGGAAGAAAUCGAAAGAGGCCGAUGUCACAGCCCAAAUCGAAAGAAGUCGCAGAAAAGCCGCGGAAGUCAGUGGUGGAAAGAAAAGGCAAGGUUCUAGUGAUGACUCCGACAGCGACAACAGCGACGAUUCCGACCAAGAUGAAUUCCCUGUAUCACACGAGCUUGUUCUUAAAACCCACGAUCGCGCAGUCACCACAGUCUCGCUAGAUCCAGCAGGAGGACGCCUAGCAACUGCUUCCACAGACUGUACUGUCAAGUUGCAUGAUUUUACUUCUAUGACUCCCAGCACGCUGAGAUCUUUCCGAUCCGUCGACCCUUACGAAACGAAGGCAUCCGACGUUAACUCGCAAUCGCAUCCUAUCCACCACAUAGAAUUCAACCCUCUAGCAGGAGGUGUCCUACUUUGUGUUUCAGCGCAUCCCCAAGCGAAGAUACUGUCCCGGGACGGCGAUAUUGUUACAGAAUUCGUCAAGGGAGACAUGUACCUUCGUGACAUGCACAACACCAAGGGCCACAUAUCCGAAAUCACGACUGGCACCUGGCACCCAACUGAGAAGAACUUGUGCGUAACUGCGGGUACAGAUAGCACACUGAGAAUUUGGGAUAUCAACAACAAACGGACGCAGAGAGACGUCGUUGUGUUCAAGUCCAAAGCCGCUGGCUCUGCUGGUCGAACCAAGAUGACCGCGGUUGCAUGGGGAUCUUCACCCCAAGGAAACAGCAACGUCCUUGUCGCAGCAGCCUUGGAUGGCUCGCUGGUCAUGUACAGUGGCAAUAGUCCUUUCUCACGACCUGCAGGAGAAAUUCGCGACGCACAUAAACCGCAAUCGUGGACCAGUGGCAUUGAUAUAUCGUCCGACGGUCGCAUGGUAGUCACAAGGGGAGGCGACGAUUUGAUCAAACUCUGGGACGCCCGCAAAUUCACGAAGCCUCUCGUCACAGUCGCACAUACCUCAACCUCAGACCAUUUCCCUACGAGCAACAUCAAGUAUGCGCCAAACUCGACAAGCAUCAUCACGGGCUCCGCGACCGGCCAUCUCCACAUUCUGAAUCCUGGCAAUCUGCGCGCAGAGCAUGUCACUGAAAUAACACCUGGGUCGCCACUAAUUACAGUGGAUUGGCAUCCAAAGAUUAAUCAGAUCGUGACAGGUUCAGCUAAUGCCGAGACACAUGUCUUGUACAACCCGCAGAUGUCGAGUAGAGGCGCUGUUGACGUCAUGUCACGAGCACCGAAGAAGCGACAUAUUGACGACAAUCCUGAAUUAACAAUGGACCAGUCUGUUGGCGUAUCUGGUGAUGCGAUUGUAGUGCCAGGUGCAACGAGAAGCUCAAAGCCAUCUGGAGUUACAGUAUCAGGCCGCUCGAAAGAUCCUCGACGCCCCCACAUCCCCCAACAGACACCAUUCCAGAAGAACCAGCCGGACGAGAAGCUCAUUGCAGAGAAUAUUCCUCUUGCGCGCAUGCUGCACGAAGAUCCGCGAGAAGCUCUACUGAAAUACGCAGACAAGGCCCAGAGUGACCCUAUGUUUACCAAAGCCUGGAGCAAGACGCAGCCACAAACCCAAUACGCGGAGCUGAGCGACGAGGAAGAUGGCCCCGAGAAGAAAAGGCUCAAGAGGUGA